AUGCUCGCCAACUGGUUAAUACACGGCAAAGAAGUGGUCCAUGGCGAUUUAACAUGUACCAAUGUUCUAAUGAGUGCCGAUGGGAAGCUCCAUCUUGCAGACUUCGGUCUCUCAACGAUCCCUUCGGAAGCACGAAACUCCACCUUCAGUUCGUGUCAUCCAGGAAAUGUGCGGUGGAUGGCGCCUGAGAUGCUUGCUAUACCCGAGCAAGGGGAGGUGGCGAUACCAACCAAAGCCGCCGAUGUUUAUUCAUAUGGUUGCAUCAUGCUUCAGCUGUUUUGUGGACGUGCGCCUUACCUCUGGCUAACGCAAGCGAACCACGUUAUUACGGCAAGAAUGGCAGGAACAGAGCCCUUCCGUCAAUUCACUGAUAUCGAAGACGUACACAAGGAGUAUUCGUUGAAAUGCGUAUCUGUCGAACCCGGAGAUCGACUGGCAGUGGCUUCUGAGAUUGUAGAAUUCUUACGAGCAGAGUGA